GGUGGCUGGACGUUCAGGAUUGGAAUGAGGAUGAGCGGCCCAGGCUCACCCUCACCUCAACUUUCCUCAUGGCCAACAUGUCGCUUGGCUUGGGCUCUGAUCUUCUCCUUUGUCAUUGAUUAUCUGUUACUCAUACUCCAACCUACCUAAUUGCUCACUUGCUCACCUCGAACACAUUGCCCUGCACAGCGAAACUACGGCUCCUCUCCCCACCACAUCAAGCGCAUCUAGCCAAGGUCUUGAGCGCAAACCAACAGCGACACUCGGCAACAGCGGCUUAGAUCCUCACACCUUCUCGCCUCCCGCUGCGUCUGAGAAAGACAGGUUCCAACUUGUCUCAUUGACUGGUUAAGCUCUUCGAAAUCAGAGCUCUUGACACCUGUUGCUUCAUUGGAACCUCCACUGCCGUUUUGAUUGCGCCCCGGAGCACCACCAGCAGCGCACAGUCGUAGAGGCCAUGCCUCGGCCCAAGAAGGAAUCGCAGCCGCCGGCCAAGAAGCGCCUGACUCUUGCUCAAUUGGCCGCAUACGAUGACAUGCUCACGGAUGCCCUUGUAGAUCAUGUAUACUACUGGACGUCGAUACCGAAGAACCGGUCGACGUACCAUCCCUCUCGUGGAAUUCGUGAAGAAGACAUCGCCAAGAUUAUCCAGGAGGAGUUGGUGCUCAACAAGGAUAUCGAGCAGGCCGAGCAGCGGUUACUCGGAACUGGUGGCAUUUGCAGAUUCGUCAGCGCCCUGAAGACGGAGAAGGAGAAGGACGACUUCCGGAAACAUCUGCGGCGCUAUGCCCAGAUAUAUCUUCCAGAUUGCCCUUUCGAGGUCAACACGACAAACCGUUACACGAUUGUUUCCCAUGAAGCUGCGGUCACAGCACGACGAUUCAUCCGGCGCAACGAGCCCGUCAAGUACCUUUCCGGCAUACAGGUCACCAUCACCCCAGAGGAGGAAAAGGACAUGAUGACGCGCAAGAAGGACUUUAGUAUCGUGGUGAGCUCCCGGAACAAGACGACCAAUCUCUUCAUGGGACCCGCCAGAUUCGCGAACCACGAUUGCGACGCAAACGCCAAGCUUGUGACUACGGGUCACGCCGGCAUUGAAAUCAUUGCAACCAAGAACAUUGAAGCAGGAGAUGAGAUUACCGUGACAUACGGCGAGAAUUACUUUGGCGAGGGCAAUUGCGAGUGCUUGUGCCAAACGUGCGAGGACCACAGAAGGAAUGGUUGGGAGCCCGAGGACGGCCAGGCCGAAACGACAGAGGUCCAGGACACUGUCGAAGAUAAACCUGACACCUACUCUCUUCGGUUGAGGCGAAGGGGAGACAGCAUGGGGGGAUCUUCGCGCAACUCAAGCGUCACCCCGGCCGCAAGACCCAGAAUCCUGAAAACAAAGAGAAAGUCCCGACUCAGCUUCCGAGAUUCGUCAAACGCUGAAUCGCCUGUGCCCGAAGCGACCCCUCAUGGGCGAAAAAGAACAAGCGACGCACUGGCCACUCCGCCGGUUACGCCGGCCAAAAAGAUGAGACACGCUCCGGAAGCAUCCCCUGCAAACGAGCGCGCGUUGUCUAGGAGCAGUUCGUCUCCAUCGAGGUGCGCCUCCGCCAGUACCACCGGAGAAGCAGUCGAGACCGACGUCACAACGCCAAAUCAGGAUAGCCCGGAACCACGGUUCUUCACCCCCAAGCAGAAGCCAAUGGCUAUUGAGUCGAUCCUGAAUACGCCUACACCAGAAGAAGAGCCAACGCUUGCUAUCAGUAUAGAACACGUGGAAGAAGAAACUAUUGUCCAGGAAGAUAAAGUGCAGAAGGUACGAAAGAAGUACGAAAAGCGAGUCUUCAUCAAGCAGACGACACCACCCGCAAGGCAGCGAACCCCAGGCGAUUAUGUCCUUACGCCGCUGCUGCUCUCCGAGCCCGAGAUGGCCUGGAUUCAAUGCUCGAACUGCCCAACAUACUUUGUGCAACAGAACGCAUACUUCACCCGCUUCUCCUGCCCGCGAUGCGAGCGCCACUCCAAGAUCUACGGUUACAUUUGGCCCAAGACGGACAAGGCUGGACCCAACGACAAGGAGGAGCGCGUGCUGGACCACCGCACGAUCCAUCGAUUUUUGCAUACGAACGAUGAACGCAAGAUUCGAGGACGGAAGCCACUCUGGGAGUCCGAGGAAGAGCAGAGCGAAGAGGAAGAAGAAGCCGAGCAGCCAAAGCGUGGCCGACGAGCCAAGCGAGAGGAGACUGUGAAGUCGAAGAAGACGGUGACGAAAACCGUCACAAAGGUUCCAACCAGCAGGGCCAGAGCGCCGAGCACAGCGCGCGGGCAGAAGGCCAGACAGGCAGUAGAGGAGUCGCCCGAGGCUGAGGAGGAUACUACGGGACUUCGUCGCAGUGGUCGACCGCGACGAGUCAGUAGCCGGCUUCUCUAGUUGAAACCGUGGCUACCUUCAUUCUUAUGGCGCCGUAUAUAUCGCAAGACGGCCACGCAGCAGGACGUUGAGCAGCGUUAGAUGAUGGCAAGGCCACGGCCAUGGGCUUUUUUGUUUUGUAGGAUAGCCUUGCAUUGGACUUUAGUUUAGCAUAAUCAAACAA